UCCAAACAAUUGUAAACAAACCAUUUUUAGCACGGCUCUUGAACUAGCGAAUAUCCGGUAUGUUUUGUAUACAUUGUACCUGUAUCAAAAUAUGACCGGCAAAAUGUACUUCCUUCCGGGGCCUGCAGUAGGGGGACUGUUUGCUAUGACCGGUGUGUAGUGUCCGAAUGUCAUUAAUUUAAUCAUCCAUGUUUAUAGAACAUGGAUAGGGAAUUCUGUUAAAGAAAGGGCCAACUUAUAAAACAUGAUCGAAAUCAGUCAAAAUUCUACGGCUAAGGAUGUAAAACGGACGAGAAUGUGUUUUUAUAGAACAAAUAGUAUUUAUCAAAUAGCUGAUCAUGAGUUUUCAUUCUAAUAAAAUAAAAACCGACAAUACGUAAACAUUCUUGAUCUCAAAUCAUAUAAAUUUUGCGAAAUUAAAACAUUUAUUGUUAAAUAUUAAUUUCUAUUACAUUUGUGAACACUGUUAACAGAUCGAUACAUUAUUUAAAUAUGCCACAUUAUACUAUGUACUCAUAAUUCAACCAUCUCACUGACCAAGGUCACUAGUACUGUUGUACCAAACCAGCCCAACAAACUCCAAUUACAAAAGGGGUUGUGCAGCCACCCAUUUUACCCAAAAAAAAGUGAAAUCUUGAAGUAAUCUGCCGUAUAGGGCAUAAAAUAUUAAAACAAAGAACACGGUUAUUUACAUACACUUUUAGACCAAUAAUUGACACACAGUAAUCAGGUCGGGUCCUGUGUUUUCCUGCAAUAAUGUCAUUGCAAAUUAAUCACUUUCGCAAAUUACUUUGGGAGAAUGAUUUCACGUGAAAUUAAUCCGUGCGACCGUUUAGAAAUUUAUGAGGUCCCGAGGAGACCUUCGUUUACCAUCGCUCGCAUCACUGCCGCUCAUCUUGUGUGAAUAAUCCGGGACCGAGUGUCAGUUAAUGGACCAGCUCCUGGAAAUCUCAUCACUCGGUGGUAAACUGGAACUGUCAACUAGAGCCUGCAGAGAAAUGCAACAUUGGAAAAGGUAUGCCAUGUCCUUUGCUGUGGUCAUGGUUGCUGUAGCUCACCUGGUGGGGGCUCAAGUCAAUCUGACCGAGUUAAUGACGAGCUACCUGAGUGCCUGUGGCCUGGGCUAUUCGUGUUCUGAUUGGUCACCCUCUCACCGCCUGCCACACACAAAGACACUCAAGAAGUCCCUACUGUGUCCCGAGUGCUCGUGUGAUGACACUUGCUUCGAGCAAAGAAACUGCUGUCCGGACAAGUUAUUUGCGAGAACAUAUACAAGAUACAGAUCCGCUGUUGUAAAUUUUCCUCAGAGACUCCGACGGAAUUAUAUAGAACCUGAAGAGUAUGCUGUUGUUGAUUACUGUCCCCCACAAAACAGGACGUCAUACAGCCGCGAAUGUGAAAUAGAGGGAACUCCCUUUUACAAAUUGACCAACCCCCCUGUGACCUCUUUGAUCACAAACGUAUCAUAUUUGAAUCGCCAAUGUGCUUUUUGUCACGGCGAAUCGGAGAAAAACCUCAUUGAUUGGAAUUUAAGUGUUGACGACGAUUGCAUGAGAAGAAGGACCAUUUUUUAUCUGUCUUCUUAUGAGGAGGUCAUGGCCUACGCACAAAUGUGGAAAUGCGGUUUAGUUUACUCUCCCCGAGACACGAUGCCCGUCCGCCGAAAGUCGCUGUUAACUCCGCAGUACCGAACUCGCUGUAACGUCACAGGCACGUGGUUGGAAUCCAUUGAUGAAAUUCAGAUGGCCUGUGAAUCGUCAUACGAUCUUCGUUAUAGGUAUUACACCAACAUAUUCUGUGCCAUGUGUAACCCGAUUGGUACAGGCGAGGGUCGCGUGAUCGACACGUGCAAUGUGACGGGAGAAUGGCGCGAGUACGACGAAUCCCUGGUCUUAGCUUGUGAAAAAAACCCUGCUCUUCAGAUGACCCACCCUUACAAAAAUGUUUUCUGUCUUUUUUGCAACAGUAGAGCAAGCUUUAGUUCAGGCCCAAGAAAAAGAGAGUAUUUCUAUAAUGACGUUAGAUUAGAAUUUGAUGAAUACAUCUCAAACACGAAGAAGUAUAUGUACAUUUUCCGUCAAAUUGUAUUCCAUAACGAAUCCCUUCAGGAAGAAAUUCAGAUGUACACGGAAUUGAAUCGUACCACAGAGAGGUACGAACACGGCGUGAUGACGAUCAAAGACGCGCAAAUCAACAUCACCUAUCUAUUACUGAAACAGUUAUCUCUGUAUCCUGUCCCUAUCUGCGACAAAACGCUGUUACCCGCCAUCGCUAGAAACUACACCGCGAGCGACAGUCUCUGUAAUCCUCAGUGCAUGAUGGAGGACCCUUGCCAGUGCGGUCUCGAUGUCGCACUUUCUUUGCCAAUCACAUGCAUACAGGACCGUUUCAUUCCCAACGGAAAACCAAAACUGGUGAGAGUUUUCAAUGCCUGUUCACGCAUGGACGACCGUUUUGACGGUUCCUUGCAUUUUGCCGCCAUUCGGUACUUGUGUGAAAACAGCGUUAGUCGCCAUGAUAUCCUUCCGGUGUCUGAGGAUGAUUUGUCCUUCCGCAAUAUAUACUGCUUUUUGUGUAACAGCCAGUUUGAAAUCAUCGAUGAUAAGCCCCAGAUCCCAUCGUCUUACAGCGUCCAUGGAGUGAGCGUUGAAUGCUCCCACGAAUUAAAUAUCUUUUACUCCGCAAGUUUCACAGACAUCAUCUCGACGGCUAUGUCUUCUAGCCAAUGUAACAUAUGGUUAAACACUGCCAAUUCUUUCGAGUGCGAAAUACUGCCGUCCAUGUUCCCCGAUAAAUGCAAUGUCACAAGGUAUCUGGAGAUUAAUGACCCCGACGUCCAGUGGGCGUGCGAGGAUUCCCAUUACAGCAAAUUUGUCAGCACCCGAUACUGUGAACAGUGCAAUCCACAGGCGCCUUACACAGAGGACAGACCAAUUGAGACCUGUGACAACCAAAGUACUCAUUAUGACCAAUCCUAUAAAGAAGCAUGUGAGCUAUUCCCUGAUGCUGUUUUCAGCCUUCUUCCUCCAACAGAAACCAGGUACAAAAACAGGUUUUGUAGGUUUUGCAACCCACCGUGUGUUGAUGCUGGCUGUACGGUCCCGCCGAGCCGUCGGAACGGUGACUGCAGAUCAAACCCAGGAUCGAGUGCUGUGCGGCCGCCCCUUUUGAAUAUGUUAUUCAGAUUUAACGGCGUAUCUACAGAAUUAAAUGUAAAUGGAGAUAAUAAUCCAACCCACUACUACGUCUGCUAUCCCGGGAAGAUCCUUGUAGGUGGACAUUGUUCAGCGCUGUUCAAUAUCGACGUGUCAACAAAAUACACCCUUAAUUUUGAAGUUGAUGUCACAAUCGAACAGUCUGGAAGCGAGGACGAGUUCGACGUUACGUCAAGGCUUAACUCCGUCUUAACAGAAAUUCAACAUCGGCUGUUCUUUCUAUUUCCAAACACGUUAAUGGAUCGCUUUAUUUUCCCAAUCCAGAAAUCCUCGGUAGUGAAGGAAUCUAACAGAACCACACAGCUGACUGCUUUGGUAUAUGUCCAAACAGAGGCGAAGGGUUCUGUCAACCGUCCCCUGGUUGAAGACGCCUUGUACCAUUUCCCAUCCACAUUCCAUUUUAUAAUGGAGGAAAGGUCGGUCAGCAUGAGACCGGGAAUGUUCCCCGUAUCAUCGUCGUCCACUUUGACUGCACGUGGUACGCACCACGUGGCACCACUAUCCGGUUCUGACAAUACGUUUGUUCCAUCCACCGCCGCCUACAUCGACUACUUAGUCUCUCUGAACGCCUCCUUUCUUCAAACGCCGCUAACAAACGUCUUUAUUGGCCCAUUGUUGUUUUGUAAACAGCGUGUGUACAACAGAAGUGAUUUCCAUGUUGAUUAUAAACAUUUUGAACUGAUUUUGAAAUCGUCCCAUCGACGCUUUCCGAUGGGAGAAUUUGUCGUUGCUCUGAAUGGAUCCAUUCAAAUCUGCGAACAGAACGAACCCCUCCUUCAGUCUCCAGAAGACAAUAUUCCUCUUCGAAUAUUCACUUUGACAUGCACGGGUGUAAGUCUUUUAUGUUUGCUAGUUACAUUUGUGACAUAUUGCAUGUUCAAGACAUUGCGCACUAUACCUGGCUUGAACCUCAUGAGCUUGGUGUUUUCUCUUUUCUUUGCACAGCUUUUGUUCGUCUUUUCCGAUAACCAAGGCGAUGACAUUUGGUGUCCAGUUGUUGGCAUUCUUUUGCACUAUUUCUGGUUGUGUACAUGUUUCUGCCUGCUAAUUUGCUGUUUUCACAUGUACAGAGUUUUUAACAGCCGGGAUCUUGUACGAUCUGAAAUCCACUUCACAUCCCGAACAUUCUACAGGUACUUUCUGUUUUCUUACCUGGUUCCUUUGGUCGUUGUUGGAACAAACAUCGGAGUGAUGGUCGGCGUUAGUGGAAUGCUUGGAUACGGCGAACGGAUAUGUUUUGUGGAAAAUGUCAUUUCCAAUAUUAUUUUGUUUAUCGCGCCUAUUAUAAUCACCUGCUGUCUCAAUUGUUUCUUUUUCCUUAAGACUAUUCGAGGAAUAUCCUCUUCGAGUAAAUUGAGAGAUGAUAAAGUAGCGGAAGUUAAAACCUUUGUGAAGCUGUUCUCCAUUACUGGUUUGGUCUGGACUGUACAGAUGGUGAACGCCUUCGUUGGAUGGCCGGUCUUGUCUUGGGUCUCCACGGCUCUCGUCUGCCUCCAAGGUUGUUUCAUUUUCUUUAGUUUCUGUUUUUCAAGAUCGAUAAUACGGAUAUGGAAAGAAAGCAGCCUGUCUCAGAUAUCCAAGACCAAUUCGCUUACCACGACGGAUACCAGGGAACCAAAGAACCCUGUCCCUGAUGACUUUAGAAAAGACGGACCAAGGUCAGGGGGAAAUCAGGCGGAGAAAUAUGUACCGAUUGAAAAUACAUAAUCUUGUUUUGUUUUUGUGCUCUUUAAAUAUUUUUACAAGUAUAUGUGCUGAAGUCUUUGCAAAAAAAAAAAUACAGUUUCUACAUGUAUUUACAUAUUUUCGAUUGAAUCUCUUUAUAAUAAUUAAAAAUUAUGAAAAAUAAAUAUUUGGUUUCUGUGGGGAAAUAUUGUAAUGGUAUCACUACUGGUGCAGAAGCAUACAAUGUCUUUCUACAAAUUUCAUUUACUAAUUCAUUUAUAUGAGUGAAAACAGAAAUCAAAUAUUAAUUUAUGUCCUACACACUACACUGAAAUUUAUUUGAAAUACUGUCAUAAUUUGUGUUACUUUCAUUUUACUAUGACAACAGUCAAUAUGUAUAUUUAUUUUGCUGUAAUCAAUUUCUGACCUCGGGGAAAUGACUUCUGAAUUAUUUAAAGUAAUCCAUUAACGGAUGCUGAUCUCUGUCACAAAGAAUGGUGGGGAGGACACGUCCGAGGCCCUGUUAUAGAGGUAUAAUAGCUAGCAUAGCAUUCUUGUGGAAAAAUCACAUCAAAAUUACUUAGACUUAGCUCAUAUGAUUUUGCGGCUGUGCGUACUUUUGACAUAUCAAAUGGAUUAUAAUGGUCAAUAGUAGGUAAUCAAACUCAAUAUAAACAUUCAGGAUUAACAAUAAUAUAUUCUAGAGUUUAAAAUUGUUGUCAAUGCAGUAUGAAAAUAUCGAAUAUUGUAAGCUAUAUGCGCAGUAUAACGCCCUUUUGCGAUGCUAUUCAGCAGACACGGUAUACGCAGACAUGUAUUAGUAUCAAAUCGAUAUACGUACAAGACCGACCGGGCUUUCCCAUGGGGCGCAUUUUGGACUCCUGUUGUUUUUCUAAUAUCUGGACAGAUCAGUGCACUACAAUAUUUACUGUUAAGUGGAUUUCUGCUGUCAUCUAACAAAGGUUACAGGACCAGUUUAUUCAGAAAUGGGCUAGUGAUGUAAAAUAUAUAAUUCAUCAAAAAGUUAAAUAUAUAUACAAUACUUUGGAUUUGAAAAGUAGUUAAGCAUUCUUACCAAAAAAAUUUGGAAACCACUUAUUAAAUUCAGAGAGACAAAUCACCGUUUACCGAUUGAAACUGGUAGAGGAUUCCUAAAAAUGACAGGAAUUGUGCACUCAGUAGUACUAGUAAAUUAGCGGACGAAUUUCACUUUAUUCUCGAGUGCAAAUCCCUUUCAACUUUACGAAAAAAAAAUUCAAACUACCAGGUUUUGUCACAUAAAAAUAUUUUAAAAAAUAAGGAAUUUUUUUUGGAAAAUUCAAGAACAAGUGUACCGUUCAUCCAAAAAUUAUUUUAGUAUUAGUUAUUAUAUUUCAUAAAUCAAAUACCAAACUCAGUGUUAAUUUAAUUUAAGAAGUAUUUUAUUCAAGUAUAUAGAUACAUUGAAAUGGAUUGAACAGCAGGCAUAAUGCCUAUUUAUGUUCUCUCCUGUAGUCAAGGUAAAAUAUAAGAUAUAUAUAUAUAGCAACUGAAUUUUGUAUAAUAGAUUAAUAUUAUAAAUAGCAUUGGAAGUAGGUACAGUGCAAAAAAACCAACAAAACAAAUAGCUUAUGAUAGGAAAAUGAAAAUAGAAAAAUACUGGUUAAUUGCUAAGGUUGAAAAUAGAAAAAAAUAUAUGUAGUGUAGAGAAAAAAUGAGAAAGAAAAGAAAAAACAUGUAAUAAUAACAAAACAAAAAUUGAUAAUAG